CACGCUCCCUCGUUGACCCUGAGCGUGCGCAUCCUCGAGGUGCCUCGGGACCGCGCGCCGUGCGCGUCUGCUAGUCUCAUUCCGAGUGGAGAGGCGGAGAAGAUGGCGGCGCGGUCCAUGCAAGCGGCGCGAUGCCCCACUGAUGAGCUGUCCCUGACCAACUGCGCCGUGGUCAACGAGAAGGACUUCCAGUCAGGCCAGCAUGUCACCGUCAAGACGACCCCGACCCACCGGUUUGUCUUCACCGUCAAGACUCACCACUCCGUGCUCCCAGGUAGCAUCGCCUUCAGUCUGCCACAGAGGAAGUGGGCCGGCCUUUCUAUUGGACAGGAGGUGGAAGUGGCGAUUUACAGUUUCGACAAGACGAAGCAGUGCAUCGGCACCAUGACCAUCGAGAUUGACUUCCUGCAGAAGAAGAGCGUGGACACCAACCCCUAUGACUCGGACAAAAUGGCCGGAGAGUUCAUCCAGCAGUUCAACAAUCAGGCCUUCACUGUGGGCCAGCAGCUGGUGUUCAGCUUCAAUGAGAAGCUCUUUGGGCUGGUGGUGAAGGACAUUGAGGCCAUGGACCCCAGCAUCCUGAAAGGGGAGCAGAGCAGCGGAAAGAAGCACAAGAUCGACAUCGGCCUGAUCAUCGGGAACAGCCAAGUGAUCUUUGAGAAGGCGGAGAGCUCCUCUCUCACUCUUAUCGGAAAGGCCAAAACCAAAAUGGAUCGCCAGUCCAUCAUCAACCCUGACUGGAAUUUUGAGCGCAUGGGUAUUGGUGGUCUGGAUAAGGAGUUUUCGGACAUCUUCAGAAGGGCAUUUGCCUCGCGGGUCUUCCCACCGGAGAUCGUCGAGCAGAUGGGCUGCAAACACGUCAAGGGGAUUCUGCUCUACGGACCCCCAGGGUGCGGAAAAACACUGAUGGCCCGCCAGAUUGGGAAAGUGCUGAACGCCCGUGAGCCCAAAGUGGUCAACGGCCCUGAGAUCCUCAACAAGUAUGUGGGCGAGUCCGAGGCUAACAUUCGCAAGCUGUUUGCAGACGCAGAGGAGGAGCAGCGGCGGCUGGGAGCAAACAGCGGCCUCCACAUCAUCAUCUUCGAUGAGAUCGAUGCCAUCUGCAAGCAGAGGGGCAGCAUGGCCGGCAGCACCGGAGUGCACGACACCGUGGUCAACCAGCUGCUGUCCAAGAUCGACGGCGUGGAGCAGCUCAAUAACAUCCUGGUCAUUGGAAUGACCAACAGACCCGACCUGAUCGACGAGGCCCUGCUGAGACCUGGCAGAUUGGAGGUCAAGAUGGAAAUCGGUUUGCCUGAUGAGAAGGGCAGAGUGCAGAUUCUCAACAUCCACACUUGCAAGAUGCGGGAGUUCAACCUGCUGGCAGUAGAUGUGGACCUGAGGGAGCUCGCUGUCGAGACGAAGAACUUCAGUGGGGCAGAACUGGAGGGGCUGGUGAGGGCAGCUCAGUCCACUGCCAUGAACCGGCACAUCAAGGCCAGCAACAAGGUGGAAGUGGACAUGGAAACCGAAAAGCUCCAAGUGAAACGCAGCGACUUCCUCGCCUCUCUGGAGAACGACAUCAAGCCGGCAUUCGGGACAAACCAAGAGGACUACGCCAGCUACAUCAUGAAUGGCAUCAUCAAGUGGGGCGACCCCGUGAGCCACGUCCUGGAAGACGGGGAGCUUCUGGUCCAGCAGACGAAGAACAGCGACCGCACGCCUCUGGUCAGCGUACUCCUGGAAGGGCCGCCACACAGCGGAAAGACGGCACUCGCCGCCCGAAUCGCCGAGGAGUCCCAGUUCCCCUUCAUCAAAAUCUGCUCCCCGGAUAAGAUGAUCGGCUUCUCGGAGACGGCCAAGUGUCAGGCGAUAAAGAAGAUCUUUGACGACGCCUACAAGUCUCAGCUAAGCUGCGUGGUGGUGGACGACAUCGAGCGCCUCCUAGACUACGUUCCCAUUGGUCCUCGCUUCUCCAACCUGGUGCUGCAGGCUCUCGUGCUGCUCAAGAAGACGCCUCCACAUGGUCGGAAGCUGCUGAUCAUUGGCACCACCAGCCGUAAGGACGUGCUGCAGGAGAUGGAGAUGCUGGACGCCUUCAGCACGACGAUCCACAUCCCUAAUAUCGGCGCUAACGAGCACCUCAUGGAGGCCCUGGAGCUGCUGGGCAACUUCAAAGAUCAGGAGCGAGCGACAAUUGCGCAACACAUGAAGGGAAAGCGGGUAUGGAUUGGCAUCAAGAAGCUCCUGAUGCUGAUCGAGAUGUCCCUGCAGAUGGACCAGGAGUACAGAGUCACCAAGUUCUUGAAUCUUCUCAGGGAUGAAGGCGCGCUGGAUCCUGGUAAGAUGAUGGGAAUUUAGCCCCCUAUCCACGGUGUGCCCCCCUGCUGAUGAAUCCUGUUGAUGGGACCACCGCACUUUGUAUGACUGAGUCCAGGGCAGGUGACCUUUGAGCGUCCAGCAGGCUGGCAGAAGGCUGAAGUGAAGACCUGCCCCCAGAAGAA